AUGAUGAUAAAAUAUUUAAAACUUCUGCUAAAUAAUGGUGCAAAAAUAAACGAUCAAGAUCGGCGAGAAAAGCGAACAGCACUUAUGUACGCGUGUUUGGAGGAUUCGAGAACCGACGAAGGAAUAAUUUUAUUAAAUAUGAAAAAUUGCAAAAUACAAAUCCAAGAUCGACUUGGAAACACAGCCGUCAUGUAUGCAGCAAUGAAAGGAAGGAAUGAAUUAAUGGAAGAAAUUAUUCGACAUUUAUCUAUGGAAUGGAGCUUAGCCGCAUUACAACUUAAAAAUUGCAUGGGUCAUACAGCUGAAGAUCUCGCUAUUCGUAAUGGUAAUCAUCGUUGCGCCCGAAUCGUUCAAUCUCAAAGGUUACAUAUGUUAUCAUGCAUGAAUCAUCAACUGAUAAUGAUGGGUCGGAUAGGAUGUCGUCAUUGGGGCGCAUUUACAGCUUUAUAUAAAUGCGCUGAUAAGUUAGAAUUUUUUUAUUUAUAUUUUUUAUAUUUUAAAUAG